GUCGGGGCGGGGCUUCAACCCACCGACACACGAUCGAUCGCGAAGCGCAGCCGACGACGUCGAUGCGCCGAAGGAUGUUGCUGACACCGUGGUUGGGGCUCGUGGUGGCGGUGUUGUUACUUGUGCAGCGAGUCCGUGGGGGCGGUAUCGUGCUUGUCCCGUCGGGAAGCGUGAACCUUGUGUCUGGACGGAAUGUAACAGGGUUCCUCUCGUGCGACCCGCCACCAACAAACGAUGUUGUCAUCGACAUGGCGUUGACGAGUCGCGGCGGCGAGAGCGAGCGUAACUUUCCUGUGAUCACUCCCAAUCGAGUCCGCAUUCGCGCAGGCACCACGUCGGCAUCGUUUACUGUGGAAGGCCGCGGGGAAGGUCGAUUUUACGUACAAUACCAAGUAACACUCAACUUGGACUACCACGUCAAGCACGCAGAGUCUGUGAUCAUGGUGCUGAGCGCGAACGAUGGGUGGGAAGGGAUCCAAUUUCAAAUUGGACUCAACUUGGCUGUGUUUGGCGCCGGGUUGGUGUUUUUCGUGUGGCGCCGGUUGUUUCCGCGACUGCGCCUUCCGAUCUGGCACUCGCACCCGGCCGGGCUCUUCGAAAGGAUCAACUUUGAUCAGUUGCCGCCGGGCAAGUUCCAGUCCAAGUAUGGCAUGGCGUUGCGCCACGGGUCGUCGCUGUCGGACCGCGCGCGUCGCUUUGUCAGCUUGCCGUGCGACGGCAAGGACGUGAUCGAAAUUGCAGGGCUGGAUGCGGCGCUCAGCAUGCGGCUACACGCGGAUUUGGGCCACCUCUUUCUCUUCCUCACCGUCUUUAGCGUCGGCGUUUUAAUCCCGAUCCAUUACAUGUCUGGCAAAGACUCGGACGACCCGUACUUGGACGUGUCGUUCCAGGAGACUACUAUCGGGAACGUCCCUCUGCAGAGCCACUGGUACUGGGGCCACGUGGCCAUGACGUACCUGACGGUGCUGUGCGUGCUGCGCCUGCUCAAGAGGCAAGACGACGUUGGCCAGCGGGUGAACGUCGACUCGACGCGCGCAGUCGGCCAUCGCAGCGUCCUCAUCAGCUCGGGCCUCCCAAAGGACAUGAACUCGUUCCAGCUGCGCCAGAGCCUGGCCAAGAUCUGUUGCCCCGCGGACAUCAAGGCGACGGUCGUGAUCCACGACCUCCAAAGUCUCUAUCGAAUCCUGGACCAGCGCGUCAAGCUCCGCAACGAGUACAACCGCCUCCUCACAACGUACGCGCGAGCCAAUUCAGGCACCCUCCCUGGCUGCGUGCGUUGGUGCCCCGGCGGCGUCUGCUGUCCAUCGGUGCCCGAGGUCAUUUCGUCGUACGUGUCAUGCCUGCCGUGUCGGUCGCUGUGCUGUUCGGUGCCGUCCCAAGUGCAGUACUCGCCCGAACACAGCGGCGCUCGCGACAUCGCGUCCAUCUUGGAGAACGCGCUUCUCCGCGACCGGCUACGUGCUGCAUCGAUCCAGAAAGAGCUCGAAUCGUUUCCUAGCCACGUGCUGGACCUGUACGCCAAGCGCCAGAGCACGGGCGCCGCGUUUGUCGUGUUUAGCACGGUGAAAGCCAAGCUCGAUUUUGACGAGCGCGUGCGGCUAGCGCAAAAGCGGCAGCUCCCGGAAAUCGUGUUUCCGUGGGAUGUCAUGUCCCAUCGCGACCUGACCAAACUGGAGGAGCAGCCCGUGGACACGUCGAUCCUCAAAUCGCUCGUGCUCCGCGCCGCGCCCGAGCCAGACGACGUGAACUGGCCCAACUUGACGUACAAGCCGCAGUCUGUCAAGCGGCUGUGCAUGUUUGUCUUUUACCAGCUCAUGACGGUCGUUAUCAUCAUCGUCUUCUCGACGCCGACCGCCGUCCUCAUCUACAUGAAGCUCGACAACCAGAGCGCGGUCUAUGCCAUGUUUACGCAAGACGUGACGUCGAUCGUGGCCAAGUUUGCGACGUCGUACCUGCCGUCGCUGCUGCUGAUUGCAGUGAACUGGUGCUUGUUGACAUCGCUUUUCUACGUGACUACGUUUGAGCCGUGGCUGAGCGAGUCGGAGCGCAUGAAGAGCUUCUUGAAGAAGGGGUUUUCAUACCUUUUGCUGAGCUCCAUCGUGCUGCCGUCGAUCGGAGUCACGGCGGUCUACCUCGCCAGCGAGCAAGGGUCGAGCUUCCACCACGGGUCCGAAGCAGCCUACAUUGAAAAGUUUAUGUUUCAACUCGGCCGCAACUUUUUCAUUGCUUACGUGUGUCAACGGGCAUUUCUCGGGUCGAUCCUGCAGCUGCUGCGCGUCGGCGAGCGAUUCGUGUACCAGCCAUGGCUCCGCGCGCGCGCCGUGACCAAAGCCGAACGACGCGACGCGGACCGACCGUGGCCGUAUUAUUUUGGCUACGACUACGCGGUCGUGCUCAGGUACGCCUACCGGUCGUCGUCGCGAGCGAUGUCAUCGGUGUGCGUAGCACAUUCAUGGUGACGCUGCUCGGCGUCGUGCUGUCGCCGCUGUUGACGCCAUUCGGGGUAAGUUGUCGGCGUCGCGACCAGGAUGCGCAUCGGCGGCGUGUAGGCGGUGUACUUUUACAUGAAGUAUUUCACGAUGAAGUACAACUUGCUGUACGUCCACCCGAAGAGCGCCGGCCGCGGCCACGUUGCGCGAUCGGCGUACACGAUUAUCUUUGUCUGCCUCGUCCUGUUUGAGGUGCGCGACGCCGCACCGUCUCGGCGACAUCUCCUGACCGUGGUUGUUGUUGGGCAAAGUUCACGGUGGCAGUGGUGAUUUUGGAAGUUGGCCGGAAGGAGCAGUUUGCGGCCAUGGUGACGUUGAUUUGCACCACGAUCGCGCUCUACUUGGGCUGGUACAUCGUCCGCCAUGGUCGACGCAGCUUGACCGACGGGUGUAGGUGGCGGCUGCGGCAUCGCGGGGUCCUGUCGUCGUGGCACCGUCGUACCCUGGACGGAACGCCCCACAACGUCGGUCGUGGGCCGCACAAUCUCAAACAUGUGCCGGAGCGCAUGCAGAUGCGCGUCGCAUUCAAUCGAUUGAUCGCAUACACGACCGCGCGGCGCGAGCUGGACGAGCAGCGCGCGUACAUCAACCCGUACGACGCCGGGCUCAAGGUGUUCAACUGCAUCUACACCCAGCAAAAGGCGACGACCGACCUCCGCGACAAACGAUAUGCCUUUGACAAACUCAAGGCCGUGGCGGCCGCCACGACUCGGCGGCAAGCAUUCGUCGCCAAGCGCACCAAAGCACUCGCUGUUUAAGAAAUAUAAUGCUGCCGACCACGUUGCAGGUCAGGGAUGCAGUCGUAUGUUGAAGCGCCUAACAGACUACCUGGCGAACCAUGCGGCCUGCAUGUUGGCUCAUCUCGCGCUUGAAAAAUCCUGCUUGUUCCGCCUGCUCCCAUGCAGGGAGAAGGGCGGUGCGACUGGGCCAAGCUCGGUCGACCGUCUCGAUGGGCACGAGCGCGUUGUGUCGGCGAAGUCCGGCCAGAUUCAAGUGGGGCAGCGUUCGACUCAGCGUGACUUGGCGGCAGUUCAACAGGUUCAAGUUCUGCAGGUGGUGCAGCGACUCGGAGAUGGCGCAAACCGCUGCGUCCGUGAUGCGAGGGCACUGCGACAGAUCGAGCGUCUUCAGCGCCACCAACGACGAGCACAUGGCGCGCACGCCAUCAUCCGACACCUUGUAGCAGUAGCGCAAGUUCAAAUGCUCCAACGUUGCAAGGGUGGCGGCGAUGCUUUGCGCGAUUCUACCGCGACAUGAUGGCAUUCAAUCACGAUCGAGACGCACCUGUCGUCGACGUUGUGGCAGUAUUGUAGGCUCAGACUGCGCAGGGCUUCGCACGUGUCGAGCAUUCCUUCCAAUUCGCGCAUCUUGAUGCCGUGACAACCUUCUAGGAUAAUCGUGUCCACGUGGGUGGCGCUCAGCGCUUGCAGCCCGCUGCCCACGAGCAAGUGGCAACCCGUGAGAUCCAGCAUCCGUAGCGACGUGCGGCUGUUCGUCACAAGCACGGCCAAACCAGCGUCGUCGAGAGGCAUGUUGACAAUGUGGACUUGGCAAAGGCGUCGGCACAUCGCCAAGAGCUCCUGAAGGCCGCGGGCGUCCAACGCAGGACACAUGUCGAUGCGAAGGACGCGCAAGUUUUCGAGCACUCGACGGCUCUCAGAGGACGAAAAUGCAUCGCGCGACACGUGAGUGCAUCCGACAAGGUGCAGUUCGUUCAACGAAUGGCCGUGGCGGGUGAGAACAGACUGCCACGUCGGCAGAGACCACUUUCGCUCGGAUGCGCCAUGGCAAGCGUGCUUGACGCCGGACAUGCACGGCGCACACUUGCCGCAAAAUGUCUCGAGUUUGGAGGUUAAUCCAACGUGGGAAAGCUCGCGGCAAGUGGAGAGGAGGCGAACCUGGUCGGCGGUGGGCAGGAACUCCAUGACGUUGCCUAGGGCGUUCGCGUCGAGGCAGGUGAUGCCCACGCUCUCGUUCGCCGUGGGCCACGUGUAGAGUGGUGGGGAUUCGUGGGCGUCGUCGCUGGAUACGCGGCGGCAGUCCCGUUUGCACAUGUUCAUCGAAGUGACUUGUUGGCGCACGGUUUACAGGCUCUGACAAUACACGCCUUUCGUUUCUCCUUUGCGCGCAGUAAUCCACUGGUGUUGCGGGCAGUCCUUGAGCAUUCAACCACUCGAAGCGUGCCGUUGGGACUGGGACGCUGAGGUGUCUGGGGUACCCGCGAAGAGUCUCUCGCAAGAGACUGGGCCUUCGAGAAGCG